CUUUGAUGGGAAAGUUGCCUUUGAAUCGCACAAGCGCCAGAGCAAGGCCGGGUGGCUCCUGUGGGCAGGGAGAAGCGUGUUUUGCUAGGAAGAAGCCCCAGCAAAACUCGUCCUGAGCUGCAUCACAGUGAAGCGGGUACCGGCAUUGAAAGUGUGUUCAGUAGUGCCAGGCGAGCUGAGGAAAAUGGCAACGGGGCAUGGAGAUGCAUCUGCACAGCGUGUCAGCUUGGACUGUGUACAAGAGCAGCGUGCAAAGAGGCCCAGAGUGGACCCAGAUGGAACAGGUCAUCUUGUUGCCCAAGCUGAGAGCAUGAGGGGAUUCAGGGAAGGGAUUGUCCCAGAACAUGUGAAACAAGAACCAGAAGAAGGGCUGCAGCAGCAGUGGGAAGCCCAGUGGCAGCCGUUCCUGAAGGUAGGGGAGACCAUCAGCUCAGGAGAGGGACACCUGGAACUGCAGGAACAAGCAGGCUGUUCUCAGUCCUCCCUUAAUGCAAGUCAACAGCUUAAGGGACGUGAAGGCCCCCAGCUCCUUUUGGGCUCCACCAAGACACUUCAACAGCAGGGAGACACCACGUUAGUCAUGGACAAGAUGGGCCGCAAGACGGUGAAGGAUGAGUUCCCAGAUGAGGUGGUACAUGAGGAAGUGAUCCGAGGCGAGGAUGCUGCUGGCUGGGAUGCAGAGCGCCAAAGAUUCCGGCAGUUCUGCUACUAUGAGGCCAUGGGACCCAGGUUGGUCUCCCACAGGCUCUGGACUCUUUGCCGUCAGUGGCUGCAGCCUGAGAGACGCACCAAGGAGCAGAUCCUGGAGCUGGUGAUCCUGGAGCAGUUUCUGGCUAUCCUUCCCCAAGAAAUGCAGAGCUGGGUGAAGCAGCAUCAGCCAGACAGCUGUCCGCGGGCGGUGGCCCUAGCAGAGGGUUUUCUGCUGAUCCAGAAGCAAGAGGUUCCAGGGCUGUUCCAGGAGAAGGCAGCCAAUUUCCCCAAGGCAGAAAAGCCUCUGUUAGACUCCUGCCAGUGGCUGGGGCUCAAGAAAGAGAUCAAGCAGGAGGACGACAGCAAUCCCGUCAUGCCAGUGUUGUGUGGUGGUCCGACCGUGAGUGAGAUCAAAGAGGAGACUUUAAGCCCAGAAGACUCUCCUAUGAAAGCACCUGCGAGAGCAGCAGAAAGAGGUCAGCAAAAUAUUGGCUUUCCAGGCAAGUCCGCAUUCGUUGUACUUCCAAAAGAAGAAUCAGGAACAAUCUCUAAACCAGGUGGCGGGACCAUGAGUAAGAUCAAAGAGGAGAAUCUAAGCCCAGGAAACUCCCUCAUGGAAGCGCCUGAGACAGCUGAAGGACCAUCCCAGCAGACUAUUUCCUCUUCAAGUGAGUUUGUGUUAGUCAGACUUCCUGAAGAACUAGGAAAAAUCUCUAAACCAGGGACUGAUUUCUGUUCAGAUUCUCUCUCCUCUGCAAUUGACAAGAGGGCAGCUGAGAGGGUGGAAGAGAAACAGGGAAGAUCAGGAGGACUGAAAGUGAGUGGGCUGGUGCCGGGAAGAGAGGAAGAGACCAGAGGGGCCUCUAGACAAGUGCUCACAGAGGAAAGAGAAGAGGUCUGGACUGGCUAUGGGAAAACCUUCCGCUGUAAAUCUUUCCUUACGCCAAAUGUAGAAACUCCUGCCACCAGCAAGAUCUACCAGGGCAAACACUGUGACUCGAGAUCCAUUCUUGAUCAUCAGAAGAUACACACAGGAGAAAAGCUGUAUGAAUGCAUAUAUUGCGGGAAAACCUUCAGUCAGCGCAUUCACUUUGACAACCAUGAGAAGAUCCACACAGGAGUGAAGAAGAUCCCCAUAAGUGAGAAUCUAUACAUAUGCUCGACGUGUGGGAAGAGCUUUGCUCACUAUUCAACCUUGGUGGCCCAUAAAAGGAGCCAUGGGAUAGAAGAGCCCGAUCCUGCAAGUGCUAGAGAAGCUUCAAUGACGGAUUGAGCAGGAUUUACCUUCCCAAGCGUUGGUCGAGCCUGAGGAAACAUAAAACAACCCAUACAGGAGAGGGGCCGAUUGGCAGGGAACUCAUUGCACAGCCAUUGGGGCAAGUCCUUGGAGGACUCUCUGCAGCCUGUAGAUGUUUGAGCCCAAAGACAACAGAGAUCAUAAACUUACUUCCAAAUUACAUAUUCUUGAACUGAAAUUUCCAUGCUAGCCAUUUAGUCUGUAACUAGACACGAUCCCUUCACUCUGUUUUUCUACAUAAUGUUUUUGCCAACCUGUUUGCAUUCCAGUGUUCCCCCCCCCAUCGUUUUUUUAGGCCUGGCUUUUGGCAAGUUUUUGAAACUUAAACCACAGUUGCAGUACCAGCCAGUGUGUAUCAAUCAAGCACUGCUGGAAUUUCCUGGAGUUACUGUCCCUUUUAUGGUUUCCUCUAUAUUUGGUCAGACAUACUGUGUAUGUUGUAUAUAGUUUUGUGUGUGUGUGUGUGUGUGCCUGUGUGUAGUUUUGUUUUGGUUUC